UGCAACCACAACACGCAUAAUCUCACAUUAUGGCGAAAACAAAACCUACCGAUCGCAAGACGAAGAAGAGCGCAAAGAGCGGCGAGUCGAAAAAGUCGAAAGCAUCGCCAGAGGAACUUUUGAUUCAAGCGGCUACACUCCUACAAACGUCACAACCCGAAGAAGCGCUCGUCGCCGCGCGAAGAGCCUUGAACCUACUCCAGCCCGGCACAUCGAAGCCUUCUGCUGCAGCGCUGCCUGCACUGAACCUCCUCGGCGAGAUCAAUGUGGAAUUGGGCGACCCAGAUUCUGCGCGAGAAGCUUUUCAAGCGGCCAUCGUAAUCGACCCAGAAGGCGCAAACGACGGAGCCGAGAAGUUCCUAUGGCUGGCACAAUUGAAUGAAGAGGGAGGCGCCGAGAGUGUGCGGUGGUUCGAAAAGGGCAUUGAAGUGCUGAAGAAAGAGAUCAGUGAACUGGAAGGGAAGCGGGCGAAGAACAAUGAAGUCGAAGAGCUGUUAGAGGAGAAGAGGCAAAAGAUCGCAAAUUCGCUCUGUGGUAUUGCUGAAGUCUAUAUGACAGAUCUCUCUUGGGAAGAGGACGCCGAAGCGCGAUGCAACGCCGCAGUCACCGAAGCGCUGCUUUUCGCACCCGAAAACCCAGAACCACUACAGACGCUCGCAUCGAUACGCAUUUCGCAACUGAAGCCGGACGAAGCGAAAUCUGCGCUGACAAGGAGUAUGGACCUUUGGAAAGACCUCGAUCCAGAUGACCCCAAGGUUCCAGACUACUCGACCAGAAUCAGUCUUUCCCGCCUGCUCAUGGAAGCUGAAAUGGAAGACGAAGCUAUUGAAGUGUUGGAGCGGUUAGUGGGCGAGAACGAUGGCAGCGUUGAGGCAUGGUAUCUGGGCGGAUGGUGUCUUCACUUGCUGGCUGGGAAACAAAAGACCAAGGGAGAAGACAAGGUUGCAACAUCUCUACUACGUGCCAGUCGCGAUUGGCUGGAGAAUUGCCUCAAACUCUUCGCUAUGCUGGAAUACGAGGAUGAGCGAUUGAAGGAACACGCCGAUGAGUUAUUGAAGGAGCUCAACGACGUACUUGGCCCUUCCACCGGCGAGGAAGAUGAAGAAUGGGAAGAUGACGCCGAGGAGGGGGACGAUGACGCUGAUGAUGAUGAGACCAUGGAAGGCACGUGAUUCCGAGUAUACGUGAUGUUGAUGGAGUCCGAUGGUGACAGCUGUUCGACUAAGCCGCGAUGAGGAGACCCCUGGGUCAGCAAGAAGUUGGAAAGCGGCUCCGAUGGUAAUGAGACCGAGAUUGGGGAAAUUGGGCAGCAACGUUGAACUUUGACGACUGGAGUAGCACAGGCUGAUUGUGUCUGGGAUAUGUCAGUGUGGUACAGGCUGGUCUGGCAGCUCUUAGACGUCUUCACAUGUACUGUAGAUUUUUCUUGAUACCCAGCGUGCACGGAUAGAUAGCAAGAAGCGCUACUUGAGGCUAUGGACAUUACCCAACCCCAAGCAGUUGGCACAGCGUGGGACGGUCCCUGCAUGUAGGAUGCCGCCGCGAACCCACGAUGGGCACUAGGAUGCUGUCAGUUUUGCCGUGACAGCUCCUGAAUAGACGAAGCCACA